AUUAAUUUUUUGUCAACUGCAGACUGCAUUUGAGCUUUAUGGUAUGCUGUCUAGAGCUGUUAGUCCCAUUACAGGAGAGAACAUAAUGCCAGUUUAUGGAGGUGAAGAAGCUUUUCUGAGGAAAAUCAUUGCACCUGUCUAUGAAGUGAUUGCAAGGGAGGCUAAAAUGAGCAAAAGAGGACAAUUAAAGGAUUCACAGCAGAGGAAUUAUGAUGUCCUAAAUCAGUUCUUCUGGUUGGCCAAUGCGUUUGGAUAUCUUCCAUAUGUCUCUUGCACAGCUUCCUUCUAAGAGAAAUGCGGUAAGAAAUUAUUGUGAGACUCAAGUGCCAAUAUCAAGAAUCUUAUAUACUUUCCUAAACAUCUUCAUUUUCCUCAGAAUGUCUGGUGCAUCACUAUGCAUCCCUAUGACCAAUGGCUUAAGGGGAAACCUUUUCUCCUUUAUACAACCCUAUGAACUAUAUACUGUUUUCAUUUCAAGACUACAAUACACCCAUUAAAUUAAUAAGAUCCAACUUUGCCCCCAUUGAUACUAUUCAAG